UUAAAUAUUACAAAUAGAUGUCGCGCUUCUCAAACAACCAACAAAACUCGUUAUUUAAACACGAAAACUUUCGCCAUGACCGGUUUAAAGGUCAAAUUUUCCCUCGGGCCCCGUGAAAAAUCGACAGAAACCCCACCCGGGGGCUCAAUAAUUUCAACAUUUAACGGUGACCGCUCGAGACCGUUCAUUUCGUAGUCGAAGAAAACAUAACGCGUACAUCAUAACCUCAAAAACCUUGUUUGACGGCGUUCGUCCCCGAUGCGCCCUGGGACGUUGGGUUUUUCGCGAUGGAAUCAUUAUGGAACGGUUCAGACGUCGACCUAUCAAUUUUAAGACGUUGUAGAAUGGCCGAAAGGCAAGAAUUUCGUUUAAAAAAAUUCAAGGACGUAAGUAAUAACAUUGAGGGUGAUGAACAACAAAACGUACGAUUUUCCGACGAAGAUUCGGGGUGCUUUUACGAGGACGGCGAAAGGAUACGACGGAGAAGACGAUCAGGAACUUGGCCGAGAACGAGAUCAUUAAACGCACCGUCUCCUAUUCAACAAUUUGGACCAUGUGGUCGUAUUAUGAAGAAUUCAGCUAUGGUUAUGACCAUUCAAGAUCCUGCAAGUCAACGUUUAACUUGGUACAAACCACCACUUUCGGUUCUUGUGAUAAAAAAGGUUCGAGAUGCCUCCGUUUUAUCGCCGUUUGUUCAGUUAGUGUAUUGGCUUAUUCAGGAAAAAAGAAUGGUAGUUUUUGUUGAAUCCGCCGUAAUGGAAGAUCAAAAUCUCGAUGAACAUUCCUCGUUUACUUCAGUUAAAGACCGAUUGAUGACAUUUAAAGAAGGCAAAGAUGAUUUAACGGAUAAAAUCGAUUUUAUAAUAUGCUUGGGAGGCGAUGGGACCCUUUUGUACGCGAGUCAUUUAUUUCAACAAUCGGUGCCGCCAGUGAUGGCUUUCCAUUUGGGUUCGUUGGGAUUUCUCACCCCGUUUCGUUUCGAUAAUUUUCAAGAACAAGUCACCAACGUGCUCGAAGGCAACGCAGCUUUAACUUUAAGGAGUCGAUUGAGAUGUAUCGUUUUAAAAAAAUCUAAAGAUGGUGUUAAAGAAGAUAAAACCCGGAAACCGCCCACGAACUUAUUAGUUUUAAAUGAAGUCGUCGUGGAUCGUGGACCAUCUCCUUAUCUAUCAAAUAUCGAUUUAUUUUUGGAGGGGAAAUACAUCACUUCAGUUCAAGGUGAUGGUUUAAUUGUGAGUACACCAACCGGAAGUACGGCUUAUGCGGUCGCGGCGGGUGCUUCGAUGAUUCAUCCGAGUGUCCCCGCGAUUAUGGUGACACCGAUUUGCCCGCAUUCGUUGAGUUUUCGACCGAUUGUUGUUCCGGCCGGUGUUGAAUUAAAAAUUUCUGUUUCGCCGGAUAGUCGGAACACAUCUUGGGUUUCGUUUGAUGGGAGGAAUCGUCAAGAAUUACGCCACGGGGAUAGUUUAAGGGUGACAACGUCGAUUUAUCCGGUUCCUAGUAUUUGUGCACAAGAUCAAAUUCAAGAUUGGUUCGACUCGUUGGGCGAAUGUCUUCAUUGGAACGUAAGAAAAAGACAACGCCAUCUAGACGAAUUAACCGAUUUAACACAUUCAAGUUCGGAUGACACGUUAGAUUCGUUUGAACAAAACGAGUUGUUGGAAAGAGAGCAAUAAUAGAUUAAUUUUUUUGAUUAAAAUAAAUUUAAAACAAUAGUAUUUUUAUAUGUUUCGAGAUACGAGAAUUUUCGCUGUCUAUUUUCAAGAUUAUGUGAUAUUUUUAUUAAUAUUUAACGUUUGUAAGCGCAAAGUUUUCUUAUUUUGUAAUCUUAUUUAUAUAUUUAUUAUUUAAUUGAUUUUUAAUAUUUUUUUUGGGGUUAAAAUUAAAAUUAUACAGCGUCGCAUGGUAAUUUGGACCAAUAUCGUGCCAACACAAAUCGAAUUUUACAUGUUAUUAAUAAGAUAAAUAGAGGUAAAUAGAGUUAUGUUGGGUUUAUUAAUAAAUAUUGUUAAAUUAUUUA